AUGACAUUGGUUAAUUAUUACCAAGAUGAUCUGGAAAAUGGAAACCAUGCAAUUUUGAUGGCUGAAUACAAAUUGUGGCAAAGGUGCUUAAAAAAUUUGAAAGAAGAGCCAACUAAUGCACUCCAAGCUUUAUCGUUUUGUAAUAAUGAAAUUUAUCCUAAUAUAUACAAACUUCUUCAAAUACUAGCCACAUUACCAGUUUCAACAUCAUCUAAUGAACGUACUUUUUCAAAUCUUAAAAGAAUAAAAACUUAUUUGAGGAACACCAUUGGAGAAAAAAGAUUAAAUGGUCUGGCUAUGAUGUGUAUACAUAAGGAUUUACAAUUAACGACUGACGAAGUUUUGGACGAAUUAGCAAAAAAAAAAAAAACGAAAAAUUGA